CUCUCAACUCUUUACAGCAUUUUAGUUUAUUUCAGCACAUUAUUUUGGGCCAUGCUGAGUGACAUUGGGGACUAUGUAGGUUCAGACAUACAAAUAUCCUGGUUACCUAAUCUGGAUGAAUUAAUGAAGGGCUAUGCCAGAAAUUUUCGCCCUGGGAUAGGAGGUCCCCCCGUGAAUGUGGCCAUGGCCAUUGAGGUGGCCAGCAUCGACCACAUCUCUGAAGCCAACAUGGAUUACACCAUGACGGUGUUCCUGCGGCAGAGCUGGCGCGAUGACCGCCUGUCCUACAAUCACACCAACAAGACGCUGGGGUUGGACAGUCGCUUCGUGGACAAGCUGUGGCUUCCCGACACCUUCAUCGUCAACGCCAAAUCCGCCUGGUUCCACGACGUGACCGUGGAGAACAAGCUAAUCCGUCUGCAGCCCAACGGAGUCAUUCUGUACAGCAGCCGAAUCACUUCGACCGUGGCGUGUGACAUGGACCUGACCAAGUACCCCAUGGACGAACAGGAGUGUAUGCUGGACCUGGAAAGUUACGGUUACUCCUCAGAGGACAUUGUGUACCACUGGUCGGAGAGUCAAAAACACAUCCAUGGCCUGGACAAACUGGAGCUCUCCCAGUUCACCAUCACAGACUAUCGCUUUGUCACUGAGAUGAUGAACUUCAAAUCUGCUGGACGAUUUCCGAGGCUCAGUCUUCGCUUCGAGCUGAGACGUAAUCGUGGCGUCUACAUCAUCCAGUCAUACAUGCCUUCCAUAUUACUGGUUGCCAUGUCUUGGGUAUCCUUUUGGAUCAGCCAAACAGCAGUCCCUGCCCGUGUAUCCUUAGGGAUCACAACUGUUCUCACCAUGACUACGCUGAUGGUGAGCGCCCGCUCCUCCCUGCCACGAGCAUCAGCCAUCAAGGCGUUGGAUGUCUACUUCUGGAUCUGCUACGUGUUUGUGUUCGCGGCGCUCAUAGAGUACGCCUUCGCACACUACAACGCUGACUACCGACUCAAAGAGAAGGCCAAGGUGAAAGCUAACAAGCUCAGCUCUGAGUCCAUUGUGAAGAACGGCAAACAGGCCAUGGUUCUGUUCUCCCUGUCGGUUACUGGCAUGAACCAGGGUGUGAUGAUCUCCAGCCGCCAAGGCCGGACCCAGCGCUCCAGCAGCGAAAUCCCUGGAGAGGGCGGCACAGAGGAAGCUGAGCCGAGGAGGAGACGGUCCAGGCAGACAGAGGACAGCGAGGAGGAGAAGAAGUGCUGCUCCAAGUGCGUCUGCAAGCCCGUCGACGCCGACACCAUCGACAUCUACGCCAGGGCCGUGUUCCCUUUCACUUUCGCCGUGGUGAACGUGAUCUACUGGGUGGCAUACACCAUGUGA